CCGCCGUGGGCCGGAUGGACACGGUGGUCCGCACCCUGCUGGUGGAGGCUGAAGGAACGCCACAGAUGGUCGGUCACAACGCGCUGCUCUGUCCCGCAGAGGGGCCGGUGGAGAAGAACAUCUCCCUUCUGAUGCCCGAGAUGUUCGUGGCCGGAUCGGCCCGGGCCUCCGUCUCCGUUCUGGGUGACCUGAUGGGCCGGGCCAUGAAGAACCUGGACCGGCUGCUGGCCAUGCCGUACGGCUGCGGGGAGCAGAACAUGGUGCUGUUUGCUCCCAACAUCUUCAUCCUCGACUACCUGAAGAGCACGGCUCAGCUGACGGAGGACAUUCAGAACAGAGCGACGCGCUUCCUGCAGAGCGGAUAUCAGAGGGAGCUCACCUACAAGCAUGACGACGGCUCCUACAGCGCUUUUGGGAAGAGUGACGAGUCUGGAAACACCUGGUCAGUAAAGUCUAAAGGUGUUUAAAGUUUACAGAUAAAGACGUGAACACACGAAUAGAAACGAGUUUGAUUCACUGCAACAAAAACAAUCAAUUUAACACUUAAUCUAAUGUGACAUCUUUAGUAAUGAUGGAGCACGUUUCAUACCUUUAUAAAUUAGA